GCGUGAAUUAUCCACCUGGACUCAACCAUCCAGGUAUGCAUGGGUUUUUCCUAAAAGAACAUUUGAAUUAAACACAUAACAGGGAAACACUUCUCUUAAACUUGUGAUUCCCCCUGCUUCCCGAAGGUGUGCUAUUGUGGAAUUUAUUUUGAUUGUCAGUUCAUCCUUGCUUUCGUUCAUAUCGGCCAUUAUCCUUCUUAAUACGAGAAUUACACUUGUUUCCCCAUUGAUGAGGUCUGUCACAUUUCUUUUAUAGGAGAUGCAUCGAAAACUGCUUCUUUACCUCGGUUUAAGCCUUGGUUUUGUAUAUUUUUGGAUUGCUACACCCUUUUUAAGUAAAGUAGUAUGUGCAUGGCUCGCAGCAUGGCUUGUUUGGCAAUAUUUUUGCUUUUUCCCGAACUCUAUCGACCAUACUAUUCGAACAAUGCCUCCACUGUGUACUAGAAGCGAUGUCUUUAAAAGAGAGGGUACUGAGCUCAAACAACUGAAUACCCUAAUCCGGUCUCCGCUAUUCGAAAUGUCUCCCGAGGCUUCAGACGAAAUGGAUCUUAUUUUAGCAAUGCUUAUUCAAAAAUUCGUUUCCUCUUGGUCCAUGCAACUGAUGCCCGAAAAGGCUAUUUCUAAUAUAGUGGAGGAGAUGAUUAGAGACUUGCUUUCAAAUGUCAUAAAUCGACUGAGUACGGUGGACCCAGCUGACUUGCUGGUCCGGCAUUGGUUGCCUUUGUUAACGGAUCAUUUACGACUGUACGUCGAGGCAGAGGAACUCGUUGUUGGCCGGAAAGCAGUCUCGUUUACUGAUCCCCUGGAGCUUUCUCGUAAAGUUGCAGCUAGAUACAACCAUGGUCGUCUUCAUCAAGCAGUCUCAUUAUCGGGUAAUCCGAUUGUUGCCCAAAAGAAAUAUCUCCGUCAAUGGAUAAAUUCUAUGUUAUCUAUACUUCUUCCAGAGUACUCAAAUCUAAGCCCAUUGGCACUCACAUUUGCUAUUGAACUAAUAGUAGGCAAAAUUAUGCUACCGCUUGUAGCUCACUUUUCUAAUCCCGACUUUUUUAAUCUGUUAAUUAUACGUGCUAGCGGUACUAUUUUGCAAAGACGUCGCAAAAUUCGGCGACUGAAACAUGCUAUUCGGAAAAUGUCCACGCAUUCUCAAGUUGGACAGCAUAAACUUGGCUUAAAAGACACUCAACACGCCUUUGAUCAGUACAUCCGGGAGAUUAAGCGCAUAUCUAACAUUUCUGAUGCUCGAAGAUUACGUACGGAACUGCUGGUACAAAUGAAGCAACUUGACCAAAGUAUCCCCUUUAGUUCUGAACUUACUCAAUACUGUGAGCGGCUUAAGCUCGCUGUUCGCGCCGUUGAGAAGCGUAUUACGACACUUUCUGGUGCUCCCAUUCAACAGAAGAUAUCCACUUUAUCUGAACAAAUACAUUCUUUAAUGAAUGUUCUAAAUGAUCCAGCAGGCGUAUCGUGUUUCAUUGAAUUUAUGGAAAGCAAAAAUCAGUCCCAGCUUGUUCAUUUUUGGCUUGUGAUAGAAGGACUAAAAACAUCGCAGGAUGAUCCAUUGAAUGCGUAUGUGCUGGCACCAUUUUCAGACAUCGCGUCUGACCACGAUGAUUUUGCUACUAUAUACGAAAAAUACUUUACUGAUGAAAAACUGGGUCAUCUUAAUAUUCCAAAAGCACUUUCUGAACCUAUUCGACUAUUUAUAAAUUGUCCUGUUAAUAAUUUGCCUAAUGAUAAAUGGGUUGAAGCGAGAAAUGCUAUGUUGAUGAUUCAGAAUGCCGUUUAUAUAACGAUGGAGCGAGAUUACUUCAAUGAAUUUAAGAACAGUGAAAUUUAUUAUCGCUUUCUUGCACAAGAUGUUGUUUCGGAACAUAAGUCUUCGUUUCAUCCUAAUCCUGUGACUCCAAUUCAGUUGUGUUCUCACCAAACUUCGAUACACAGCGUUUCGAGUAGCUCAAAGUCCCUGCAGUCCUGGCCCUCCCAAAGUGUCAGCGUUCAAAGCUUACUAAAUAAGCAACCAACCAACAUUGGUCCUGAGGACGAUGAUGAGGCACCUUUCUCAGAUGAAGAGGAAGUCAUGUAUGCACCUCCUGGUGAUUUACAAAUCUCAGAAUCUAUUGAAGCCCUGGACACAGAUUUACAGGAAUUACGAGAACAAUUCCGUGUACUAAAGACACUUCUAAACAAGGCCGAAAUAACGGCUGACGUGAAGCAACAAGAAAUACUUUCCAAGGGUUAUCGAUCGUUAGAGCAAAUUAUCCACAGAAAGGAACGUCAACGGGCUCAAUAUCUCUCGCAAGAAGAAGAUAGCAAAUUAUAUAACCGCACUCGUAUUACUAUCGACAACUACAAGCAAUCAAGAGAUGACGAUGGGAACGAGUUUGCGGUAUAUGUCAUGCGAGUUGAACGAAUAGAGAAUGGCGAUGUGUCAUCAGGCUGGGUUGUUGCUCGACGUUAUCGUGAAUUUAAUGAGCUGCAUAAGCAACUGAAAAGGGAGUGUCCGCAGGUCGGCUUGUUGAAAUUUCCCCAAAAAACUAUCAUUUCCUCCCCUCUAUCUACGCAAACUCUUGAAUUUCGUCGGAAGGCUUUGGAACAAUAUUUGCGAAGCAUCCUUGAAAUUGCUGAGGUUUGUGAUGGAAAGACAUUUCGUGUGUUUCUAUCACAGCAGAAUCUUACAGUUCCGAAGCUGCACGAUACUAAGGACAUUAAAAUACGGUGGAAAGCGAUGUUCGAGGUUUUGGGCUUUGAUAUGUCCAGUGCGUCAUCAGCGGCAUCCGAGGAAUCCAGUUCUCCAUUUGCUCGGUACAUUUGUGAGUUUUUCGUGGAACUUUUUGGUCUGAACGAUCCCACGAAAACGCAGUGGAUGCCAAUGAAAACUUGUAUGCUUAUGUUGGAACAGUUAUUUGGGGGCACUCUUGAAAAAAAGGUUCGAGAAAGGAUUUAUCAAUCGAUACGUCCAGAACGUCUUUUGGAAUGGCUUCAGAAAGUUCGAAAGAAGAUUUGCUCCCCGUCGGGUUUGAGUAAAACCAAUAAUUCUGAUGGCGAAGGUGAAGGGAACGCAUCUUACGCGGAUAAAUUUCAGCUUAAGGCCGAAGCCAGUUUUAUGCUUGCGUCAAUGUUUCCAGGGUAUACACCGGAUGUCGCGGCAAAAAAGAUCUUUCGCGUAAUCCAGAAUCAAACACUCAAUACCCAUAUAGUCUUCGUCACGCUCGACGCUAUACUGAAUGGACUUUUGGAUGGAAGGCAACCGCAGGUUAAGAAGAUAUAAAUUAUUAUAAACAUACUCCGGCGAAUUGUUUCAUUUUCGUUUACGUCUUUUAUUACAAUUUCACUCUUGAUUGGAUUUACUAACCUUUAUUAUUAUUUAUUAUUUCCUUAAAUACCCAUUUUUAAAUAUCAAUACAUUGUAGAGCUCAUAAAGCAUUUGAUGAGGACGCAAAAAAGCUUUAAGACGUUAAUGUGUUGUAUGUACAGUUGUAAUCGCUCG